AUGUUGGACUCUUCACCAGAUUCCCCAGUGAAAAGUACCGGGGAACCCACUGUCUGCGGAGAUCCGGCAGACUCUGACCAAGUUCCCGAAAGUGUUCGAGCUACCGAUAUCGCUACUGCAGAUGCACUCCCGAAUUUAUAUACACAUGGAGACGUCUGGUUUGUUGUCGGCCUCGUAUCUCUCGCUGCUCUUGCAAGCCCGUUCCCUGCCACAAUAUACUUUCCUGCUCUUCCCAUUCUGACACAGGUUUUUCAUGAAACAACCGAACGGUUAAACCUCACUCUUACCAUCUUUUUGGUGCCUAUGGCCGUCUUUCCCAUGAUAUGGGGACCGUUAUCAGACAGGUGGGGUCGGCGACCCUGUAUCAUCGCAAGCUUGGGCAUUUUGACCCUUACUUGUGUCGGUCUUGCCCUCGUACCAACCAAUGCAUUCUGGUUACUGAUGCUUCUUCGAUUCACUCAGUCUGCCGGAUGUACCGGCACUGUUGCUCUGGGUGCCGGUGCCAUUGCAGACAUCACUACGCGCGCCAAUCGUGGCGGCUAUUUCGGAGCUUUUAACGUCGGUCCUAUGGUUGGUCCCUGCGUUGGUCCUGUAGUCGGCGGUCUACUUGCUCAAUAUCUUGGUUGGCGUUCCAUUUUCUGGUUUCUGACAAUUUUCUCAGCAGUACUGUUCAAAAUAUUGCUCGUAUUCCUCCCGGAAACUCUGCCUUGUAUUGUUGGGGACGGGAGCAUACAGCCGUCGUUAAUUUAUAGGCCUUGGAUUAAAAUAAUCCGCCGAGGUGGAGAACAUCAGAGCUCUGUCAUCGCCCAGAAGCCACCUCCGAAGCCCCUUUGCAAUCCAUUCGCACUGGUCGUACAUCUCGAUAUUCUCGUCGGGCUUUUUUAUGCGAGCGUUUCAUUUGCCAUACAAUAUAGUAUUUCAGGAACGCUGGCGAAUGCAUACAAAGUACACUACCCGUUUCUCAAUAGCGCCAAUGUCGGCCUCUGCUAUUUGGCCAAUGGUGGAGGCUUGAUCCUCGGCGCAAUUAUCAACGGCAGGCUUCUUGACUUUGAUUACCGUCGAGCGCGUGAUAAAUUCACGCGUUCUUCUCAAGACAAGGCAAUGAAUGGGCAUAUGCAUGACACCUUUCCGCUAGAAUCCGUACGGCUUCAGUGGAGUCCUUAUUUCGUUAUCAUGUAUGCAGCGUGCGUAGUAGGCUGGGGAUGGUGUGUAGAAAAGUCGGUGCUCCUCGCAGGUCCUUUAAUCCUACAAGUCUGUCUCGGAUUCGCAUGCAUAUCAAUUAUCAAUACAAUCAUGACGCUUAUGGUUGAUCUCGUACCUGCUCAAAGUUCGUCAAUAAUUGCCUGUGUCAAUUUCAUGAGAGCUUCGCUUGCUGCUAUUGUAAUUUCGGUGCAAGACAAGGCCAUUUCGAGCGUCGGUUAUGGAUGGACCUACACAAUAUUGGGAGCGAUUUGUGCUCUUAUGCUUCCUUUGGUGUUUAUGGAGAUAAAUGUCGGUCCCAUAUACCGGAAACGUCGACGACAGAGUGGCACUUCAUCUGCUUCUACUAACGUUGAACUAAGUGCGUCUUUACAGCCAUAA